UAAAACAGGUGUUCGGCUUAUCCUUCUCCCUCCCUACAGAAAUAGGUUAGGCCCCGUGUCCGUUUGAUGUAGUAAAGCACGCUUGCAAUGAUCUAAACAUGUCUGACAGGGAAGGUUCGUCUGCUAGUGUUAGUAACUCCUCGUUUACUUCUUUUAGUACACACCACGUAUUUAGACCGAGGGGGCUGACUUUAUCGUCUCUCGUGUCUAAAAUUAGAUCGGAAGAGAGGGUUCCUAGCACGUCUUACGAUGAUCGCUACUUAGUGAGAAGUUUUAAAGUUACUUCUAAAGGUAACAUAGUCAACACGGGAGAUUCAUUCCGUCAAAAAUCCAGGAGUAACACUAACCUCGCCUCGAACGGUUCCUGCCCAAUUUAUCACGAAACUAAAGAUGGAUCGGCCCUCGUCCGUAGAGUGUUGAUGCUCGGAGGUGUAGGAGUAGGAAAGACUGCACUGGUUGCCCAGUUUAUGUCGUCGGAUACAGCCAAUGCCUACGAUGGAUCGCAAGAAGAAGAAGUAGAAAAGACAGUGUCGGUACUAUUAGAAGGAAAAGAAUACGAGCUUCUAUUUUCUGAUACACCAAUCCCUCCUGAUAUACCGACAGAGCAUGCACUUUUCCAGAAGACAGACGCUUUUGUAGUCGUUUAUUCAGUAACUGAUCGGGGAAGCUUCAAUAAAGCAUCUACCAUCUUGAACGUACUGCAAGAAAAGGAAGUUAUUGAAAAUAAAGCAGUCAUUUUAGUUGGAAACAAAAGUGACUUAGAAAGAGCAAGAGAAGUUCCUACCGAAGAUGCUAAAUCGAUCGCUAGCAGCUACGACUGCAAAUUUAUAGAAGUUUCAGCAGGAUUUAAUCAUAACGUUGAUGAGUUAUUAGCCGGUAUAGUUAAUCAGAUAAGAUUAAAGGAUAAAAAAGAUAAGUUGAGGACAUCUAGUCCGAAACCUUCUGGUUUCCUGAAUUGGUUACUUGGUAAACCCGAAACUCAGAUCAAGUCGAAGUCCUGCGAGAAUCUUAUGGUGCUGUGAAUUAAUUAUAUCUUCCAUUUAAUUUUAA